GAUGCAGCUUUAUCCAUUGCUCUGUUUUUUCAUUAUCUCUAGCCGGGUCUUUCUUCUACCGUGAGGAAUUCUCCGAAUGCAACGUGUUUCGAGAUGUAUUGUGUGGUGUUUCGCUGUUCAUUGUUCUCAGUUCUCGCCUGCGAAUUUGUGUGGUCUUGACAAGUACAUGCCAUGGGUUAAUGUGUUUAGAUUGGCUCAUGGGUUGGUGCUGUUCAACAGAUUCCAUUUUAUUUCAUCGGACGAACGGCGGCUAAGAGAACUGAACCUAGGACUUUUCCUGAUCUAUGACCGUGUUUCAUUUAUGUGUUUAUUUUUAGGUGGUGCCACAGCAAUGGCGUUUUGUGUCGUUGAAACCCAUGGUCCAAAAGGCCAUGGAGAGUUGAGUGCAGUUCCAAGUUCGUGGGUGCAGGGAACCAGUUCAGGAAAGACGUACUUACUUUGGCCAAAUCAAAACAUACGCGACAUUUCAACAUUAUUAUGUGAUGCUGAAAGUGUUCCUUCUAAAGGAUGGUCCAGGCAGCAGUGUAUUAUGAAGCGAAAUAACAUUCAGAAUUACGCUGAUGCUACUAAAAUAAUGGCAGAAAUGUCCGGAGAUUCAUCGAGCGAUUAUGAAGCGAUGGCAGCCGCAAAAAAAAAAGUUCCAUCUUAUAAAGAUAUGUUUUCCCAAAAAGCAUUAGAAAACAUAAAUCACACUAUUGAAGAUAGUGUGAUAGAAUCAAAUGAAUGCAAAGAAUCAGAAUAUUUAGACAUGCUUGGUGAUGUUACGCAUACUGAAGAGGAAUGGUUAAUGCACCAAGAAGGAAUAGAAGGAAAUUGUCAACGUUGCAAAACGUUUAGAGAAGAGGAAAAAUGGGCUCUACAGCAGUUGUUGGAAGGCCAACAGAAAAUGUUUAAAAGAUUAGGAGUUAUUGAACGCCAGCUGGAUGUAAUUUUGAAUAGCCAUAACAAGCACCAAACUACUACAGCGAACAGAGCAUUCCAAACAAUAAGCAAUGAAGAAGACUUAGACUGCUUCAACAUUAAGCUAGUUAAUGAAGAAUAUUUUGAGGAAGUCGUAACAAAUUUGAUUUCAUUGGUCAGUGACAUCGACCCUGAAAGUAGAAUGUUGAGUACACUCGACUUAAUUUUUGAUAAAGAAUUCUUAACUACAUGCAGCUGGACUGGAGUAGGCAAGAGUUGUUCCAAAAUUCCAAUAAUAGCUUACAAAAAUGUUCAAAAACUUUUUCAAAGAGUAGGAAGCACACAGAACGUAGUAGUUUCAGAUGAGAGUGUGACACAGUUUUUUAUGAAAAAAUUGAAACAUGCUAAACAAAGAUUCCUUAAUAUUCAGGGUAUAAGAAAACCAACGUCGCAUAAAAAGACAAAAAAAUACUUUAUAGAUGAAAAUGAUAACAUUUGUUAAACACUUGAUUACAUUGUAGCCAUCUAAUUGAAUUCGGAAUUGAUUGAA